UGCUCUUGUGUUUAGGGUCAGAAAACAGGACACACGAAACUGGCCGUCGUUUGUCUAAUUUGUCUAGAGAGGACGGAGGACGUAACUGUUUUCAAACUAGGUCUAACAACGGAGGCAAUGGUGUCACUGGGGCCGGGGGUUGCUGCUGCUGGGUCUCUGCGACUGCUACGGAAAUAGACAAGAGCGUCUGCUGGGCCGUUGCUCUGUCUGCUGUACCCGGCACAACUUAUAUGGAAUCUUAAUUUUAUUUUGCUACAGACGGAUAGUAGGGAAAAAUCAAAAUGGCUCUUCUCGGUGCUCAAAUGGUCAUCACUUUGAUCAUGGUCAGCGUGUUUCAAAAACUGGGCUCAUUCUUCUCAUUAGCUCGAUGGCUUCUCUGCUCUACUGGGUUGGUUCGCUAUCUAUAUCCAACAGACAGCGAGUUAAGACAGCUUGCGGGUAUCCCUAAAGUUACUAAAGAAAAAUCAAAAGGAAAGAAGGGAAGCAAGCUUGAAAAUGGUGAUGUGUUUAGGAUACCCAGAAGUCUCGAUGUCCCUUUGGAGAGUACAAAAGUCUCACCCCUGGAUGUUGUCCAUUUACGUUUCUAUUCCGAAUAUCAAUGGGUUGUAGACUUUGCUCUGUAUGCAGGCUUUGUGUUUUUGAUGUCCGAGGUUUAUCAUGGCUUUUAUCCAAUCAAAGAUGAAGUAAAUCUUUCUACUGUUUGGUGUAUGCUAGUGCUCGGCUUUGCAACAAAAGUUCUGGUAAGUUUGACUGUUCAGUAUUUCAAGGGAGAACAAUCAGUUGGUGAGCGUUCUACUGUCAUAGUGGCUGCAUUUGCAUACCUACUGAUUGCAAUGAUGGUCAUGGUAGUGGAUGAACGCAAUUUAGAAUCUGGUUUAGAAACAGCCUACCAAAGUUUCAAUACCAGUGCAGCAAGGUUCCUUGGUAGUCAGGGAUUGCAAUCCUCUGGACCAGCAUCAAAACUUGUAUUAAAGUUUUUCUUAGCCCUAUGGUGUGGAUUUAUUGGUGGAAUUUUCAUCUUCCCUGGGUUCAGGGCAGCACGAAUGCAUUAUGACCUUCUCAAAUAUUAUGAAGUCAACCGAAUUAAGCGAUUUUUGCUCAAUGUCAGCUUUGCUUCACCUUUUCUUCUAGUGCUUCUGUGGGUCAAGCCCGUUUGUAGAGAUUACCUGACUGCGAGAAUUUUUUCUGGCAUGACUGCACCUCUAAUGACUGAUGGUGCGUUUGACAGCAUGCGCUUAGUAGCUGUUAUUGUUGUAGCACUUCAUCGCCUCUUUCUCAUGCCAAUUUAUUUGCAAGCCUAUUUGAAUAUGGCUUACCAAAGAGUUCAAGAGCAAAGGAAGGAAGCAGGAAGAAUCACAAACCGUGAACUUCAAGAGAAGAUUGCCAGUGUUUUCUUUUAUUUGUGUGUUGUUACACUUCAGUAUGUUAUUCCCAUUUUCUGUUGUCUAUUUUUUGCUUUUCUCUUCAAAGUACUGGGGGGUUUUACAUGGAGUGGAGUUUCAGUACCUUUUGAAAGUCCUGCUCUUUUGUAUUCUAGUCCUACUGCGACUGAUGAUGCCACCACUAUCAUGCAAUCAGCUAGACAGUUCACACUUGCAUUGGAUUCAUUGAAACAAGUUUUUACCAUUGAAGUGUCUCGUGGAGUUCUUGGAUUUGCACUUUGGUGGAGUACUUUUGCUUGGUUUUCCUCCUCAUUUCUUGGUAUUUUGUAUCAGACAUAUUUUCAACACUCAUAGUGAAAUGCAUUGGUUGUUACAUAUAGAUGAUGUUGAUUUUUGGGUCAAUAAUGUGUGCCUAUUGCGCAAAUUGAUUUCAUGCAACUUAAAAACUUUGGCAAUAUAUCUGAUUGUGUGUUAACCUGUAGAACAUGGAAGACAUUAUUCUCUUAAACAAACUUGUGUAAAUAUUUUAAGAUAGUAGUAAUUUUUUUUUGUUGCAUGGCCGUGGCCCAUGCGAUUUUGUAAUAGACGGAAAUUUUGUUUUGACAGUAUUUUGUGCUACUGACUUAAGUAGUACAUCUGUGUUACUGUACUCUCAGUUCUGAUCUCACGCCAGCUGUUCCAUCGAAGGUGCACAAUUGUGUCCACUAAAAUUGUGGAUUUUGGGGCUUCAGGUACUCUUCAUGUACUUGCCAGCUUUAUUUUCUUAUAAAUAUUAGAUCUCUAAAACAACAUCAAACAGCGUGGUAGCAGGUCAUGCCUGGGACCUAAUUUAACUGAAAUUUAGGCAUUUAUUGUAUUUCCAGUCGUUAAACUGUCUUGAAAGACAUUUUUAUUACUUGUACAAGGUUUCUUGUAUGUAAAAGUGUGCCACUCCAAUUUUUGUCUUACUAUAAAAAAAGACAUAGCACUGCCACAAAACACUUGUAGGAACUGACAAAGUGUUCAGGAACAAAGUAGCUCCUUGAGGGGUUGUCUUCCUUUUCUUUGAAGACUGCAUUUAAGUUCUAGGUGUGUGUAUAUAUUGUAUCUUGAGAUAUUGGUAACAGAAUGGCCAAUAAAAGAGAGUUGCUUUGGUAGCCAAUAAUAGCCAAUGUAACUCCCUAGAAGAUGAAUCUCAAGCUGCCUUUAAAAAAAAAAUAGAGUUACGGUGUAAUUGUGAAGCCAGAAACAGCAUCAUGUUUACUAUUUUCAUUUCAAGCAAUACAUAUAUUUUGUAAUUUCAGUGUAUGAAAACAGUUUGCUUUUUUGAAAAUUUGUAUUUUUAUAAAGACGUCUGUUGUUAGUCAAAUGUCUGGAAAAAACAUAACUAUGGAAGCAAUAUGUUUUCUGUAAAGUUAAUAGUGCUCUGUCAAGCAUUAUCUAAAUUUUUCAAAAACGAGGUUGUGAUUGUGACUCUGUCAGUUGUUGUUGUUUUUUCUUUUUAAAGAGCAGAACGCUACUGCAGUACUGCAACCAACA